GUUCAACAGUUGUGUGCGGAUCUCCGUUUGCCAGGGCCGGGAAACUGCCCAGGUCUGGAACGGUGUCUCUGCCAAAGUGCAUCUCAAGGGCAGAUUACAACAGGAUUCUGGCUCGUGGCCAAUAAGAAUUCUUGCCGAUCCGUUACCGAAGCCCACCCACGUACGUGAUGAACUCGGCAGUCCUUCGACGGCACCGCCCGUUCUCGUGCCCCUAAUGCCUCUACAGGCCACGAAUAAAACCACUCUUACGUUUAAAUGGGCAACGCAUCUGGAUUUCAACCGUCUCUAGCGCCAGAAAUAUCACAAAUACCAGAACGGACGGAGGACCAACGUAUGGGGGCUUCCGAGGAAAACACCCGAUACCGUUGGUACCAGGGUCACUCCCAUUUCUGGGCGGCUAACAGGGGUAUUCUCCAGGGACUAACAACGGCUCAACACCCACGCCUAUUGUAAGUCAAGGUCACA